AUGGAUGAAGAGGCAGCACUUGAAAACUAUUUUGACCAGUCAAUUGCUGUUCCAAGUGACUACAUAUUUGAGGGGGACUUAGGCUUACAAGGCCCCUCACAACCUCAAGAUGCAUCUUUUCUAUCAUCGAUGAGUGAGCAUGAAGAAAAGGACCUGGCAGAAGAUCUGGACCUCAGCUUCUUGCCUGAUGACUUGAGCACUCAGGACGAUCCUGCCAAAAACGUGGAGGAGGUCAAUGAGAACGAGGACAGCGGCGUUUACCCAGACUGCACUCCACGGGAAUCAGCCACGACUGACCCCAAGACCAUGCCAGUAUCGUCUGGCUUCUGCUCCCUCCCGAUGACCCCAAUGACCCCCAUGACUCCCAUGACCCCGGUGUCUGAGAGCUCUGGAAUUAUCCCUCAAUUACAGAACAUUGUGUCCACUGUGAAUCUGGCUUGUCCUUUGGACCUAAAAUCCAUUGCUCUUCAGGCUCGUAAUGCUGAGUACAACCCAAAGCGGUUUGCUGCUGUCAUCAUGCGAAUCCGUGAACCCAGGACCACUGCCCUCAUCUUCAGCUCUGGCAAGAUGGUCUGCACUGGAGCCAAGAGUGAAGAGCAGUCUCGCCUGGCUGCGCGAAAAUACGCUCGAGUGGUACAGAAACUGGGCUUUCCCGCCAAAUUCCUCGACUUUAAGAUUCAGAACAUGGUUGGCAGCUGUGAUGUGUGUUUUCCAAUUCGUCUCGAGGGGCUGGUUCUCACUCAUCAACAGUUCAGCAGCUAUGAGCCGGAGUUGUUUCCUGGCUUGAUCUACCGCAUGGUGAAGCCACGCAUUGUUCUGCUGAUUUUUGUGUCUGGAAAAGUUGUGUUAACGGGAGCUAAAGAACGAUCUGAGAUCUAUGAAGCUUUUGAGAAUAUCUACCCCAUUCUGAAAGGAUUUAGAAAACAGUAG